AUGCUUCAAUCAGUAAAAAAGACUUUGGUAGGGGGACGAAAAAAGCAGGGGAAGACAGAUGCGUCGCACGACGCGGGCAAUGCAGCGGCGGCGGCAGCCCCAGCGGGCGCGGCACGAGCAGGGUCGGGUAAAGCCGCUGCCGCGCCGAAUGCCGGCAAGGCUGCCCCCGCGCACCCGUCAGCUGGAGCCCAUCCCGCACCCGCCGGCGCGGCUGCCGGCGCUCCCGACCUGCGCGACCCGGGCGACGUGAUCACUCCGACGGACGUGUCGCCGUUCGCGGAGCCGCUGCCGUCGUUGCGCGACGUGGCGGCGGCGGAGAAGGCGGCGCUGUUCGUGCGCAAGGUGCAGCUGUGCGCGCACGUGCUGGACUUCAGCGACCCCAUGGCGCACGUGAAGGAGAAGGAGGUGAAGCGGCAGACGCUGCUGGAGCUGGUCGACUUCGUCAACGCCGGCACCGGCAAGCUCGGCGAGCCCGCACUGCUGGCCGUCACGCGCAUGCUCGAGGUGAACCUCUUCCGCCCGCUGCCGCCGUCCGCGCACGAGAUGGCGGGCGCGGAGUCGUUCGAGCCGGAGGAGGAGGAGGCGACGAUGGAGGCGGCGUGGCCGCACCUGCAGAUCGUGUACGAGCUGCUGCUGCGGUACGUGGUCUCCAACGAGACGGACGCCAAGGUGGCGAAGCGGUACAUCGACCAGCGCUUCAUCCUGCGGCUGCUCAACCUGUUCGACUCGGAGGACCCGCGCGAGCGCGACUACCUGAAGACCAUCGUGCACCGCAUCUACGGCAAGUUCAUGGUGCACCGCCCCUUCAUCCGCCGCGCCAUCAACCACAUCUUCUUCCGCUUCAUCUACGACACGCAGCGCCACAACGGCGUGGCGGAGCUGCUGGAGAUCCUGGGGUCCAUCAUCAACGGCUUCGCGCUGCCGCUCAAGGACGAGCACAAGCUGUUCCUCGUGCGCGCGCUCAUCCCGCUGCACAAGCCCAAGUGCGUCUCCAUGUACCAGCAGCAGCUCGCCUACUGCGUCACCCAGUUCGUCGAAAAGGACCCGCGCCUCGCCGACGUGGUGGUGCGCGGUCUGCUGCGGUUCUGGCCGGUGACGAACAGUCAGAAGGAGGUGCUGUUCCUGGGCGAGUUGGAGGAGGUGCUGGAGCUCACCCAGCCGCCCGAGUUCCACGCCCUCGUCCACCCGCUCUUCCUCCAGCUCGCGCGCUGCCUCAGCUCCUCGCACUUCCAGGUGGCGGAGCGCACGCUGUUCCUGUGGAACAACGACUACAUCGUCACCCUCGUCGCGCAGAACCGCGCCGCCAUCCUGCCACUCAUCUUCCCCGCCCUCGAACGCAACGCCAGAAGCCACUGGAACCAGGCGGUGAACGGGCUGACGAUCAACGUGCGAAAGAUGUUUCUGGAGAUGGACCAGCAGCUCUACGACGACUGCCAGCGCCACUUCCUCGAGGACGAGGCACGCGCUGCUGACGUGGAGGAGCUGCGUGCCGCCACGUGGCAACGGCUAGAGGAGGCUGCGGCGGCGAGGAGCGGUGGGGCAGGGAACGAGGGGCAAUGGAGCGAGGGGCAAGAGGGCGAGGAGCAAGGGGGCAUGGAUGUGGACAGCAGAGGUAGGGCAGCGACCAAUGGGGCCAGCCCAGGCUUGUGA